GGCGCACCGCGCUACGGCAAGCCACAAAGAGGGUCGCGCAGGCGGAGUACAGCAGGCAGGACGAACGCUUCGCGGACAAACUCGCGGAAGCAGAACAGAGCACAAGCGGCGCCUUCAAGCUCUUGCGCGAGCUGGAGGGGCGGCCCCCACCGAAACAGCACACCGGUGCGCUGCGCUACGCGGGGGGCUACGCGUUUAAGAAGCUCGCGUGUGUACCCGCGCACUUCUACGGCUCAAACCCAGCUCUCGACCCAGCAUCAGAGCAAGGGGCGUGGGCAACGUACAGCAGCACCCUCGCGGCAGAGCUCGCACCGGGCACGGCGAUGCGGCUGGACCUAGACGACGUGGAGUUCGCUCGACGGGGACAAAAACCAGCGGGGGCCGCGGGGCCGGAC